CAUCGCAGCCCGGCCCACCUCGAACCUGAGCAGGCCUCCAUCAGUGGAAAACUGAAAUCACCUGUGUUAGUGUGCAGGGCCAGUGUGGCGCCAUUGUGACUUUAGACACACACGUUGGGUCUAGCCCGUUCCCGCUGAAGAUAUGGCCAGCAUAGACGUACUGAGCACCAGGUUUUGCUUUUAUGACAACAUGUACAGUCAGGAUAUACGAGAACAAAGCUUUGCUGACUGGCCGUUUAGGGAGGAAUGUAACUGCACCCCUGAGAAGAUGGCCAGGGCCGGGUUCAUCCACUGCCCCAGUGAGAAUGAGCCUGAUGUCGCCUGUUGUUUCUUCUGUCUGAUUGAGCUCGAAGGUUGGGAGCCAGAUGAUGAUCCCUGGACUGAACAUGUAAAACGCUCUCCUACCUGUGGAUUCUUAACCAUGAAGAAAGACUUCACUGAGCUAACUGUGGGGGAAUUCUAUGUCAUGGAGAAAAAGAGGCUAAAGGUCUUCCUUAGGAAAGUGUGUCAUAAGAAGAUGGCAUAUUUACGGGACGAAAUCGACCAAACGCUUGAGGGGCUUAAAUCUCAGUUUGACUCUGAGAUUUAAGGAAACUGCACACAGGUGUUACAAGAGCCUGUGGUUUUCACUCAGUAGUUCGAUGCAAUACCAGUUUGAAUCAAUAAAGUUUUGAGGAAUAUGA